AUGAUUAAGAAAAAUUUAGGAAUUGCAACCAAAUUAGUUAGUAAACCACAAUACGACCAAAGUUUCAUCACCCAUCCAUUAUUCCAACAUCCUUCAUUCAAGACCAAUGAAUUGAAAGCUAUUGAGUUCAAUCACCGUCCUACAGUGACGGUUGGAGAUAAAAUUGCUAAUGGAUCAGUACAAUUCUUCCGUUCUUGUUUUGAUUUUGCAACUGGUUAUAAACAUCCAGGUAAGUAUGGCUAUAAUGAGAAGUCAAUCAUGACAGAGAAUAAAUGGUUAACUAGAUGUAUAUUUUUAGAGAGUGUGGCAGGAAUUCCUGGAAUGACAGCAGCAUUUCUAAGACAUUUACAUAGUUUAAGAUUGUUAAAGCGUGACAAAGCUUGGGUUGAAACCCUUUUAGAUGAAGCAUAUAAUGAAAGAAUUCAUCUCUUGACAUUCAUCAAUUUAGGUAAACCUUCAUGGUUCACAAGAAUGUUCAUUUUCCUUGGACAAGGAGUUUUCUGUAACUUAUUCUUCUUCAAUUAUUUAUUUUUCCCUAAAUUUUGCCAUAGAUUCGUUGGUUAUUUAGAAGAGGAAGCUGUUAGUACUUACACCCAUUUCCUUAAAGAGUUAGAUGAGGGCCAUUUACCUAAAUUUAACAACAUGAAAGUACCAUCAAUCGCAAUCCAUUACUAUGAUAAUUUACAUGAAAAUUCCACCAUAAAAGAUUUGAUCUUAAACAUUAGAGCUGAUGAAGCUAAACAUAGAGAAGUCAAUCAUACAUUUGCCAACUUACAUCAAAAGACUGAUAGAAACCCUUACGCGUUAACUUUAGCUGAUGAACAACCAACUAAUGAUUUGAAAUAUCAUAAACCCGAAGGUUGGGAAAGAGAGGAUAUCAUCAUGAAAUCGGAACCUCAGGAAGGAAAUGUAAAGACCAGUGAAAAGGCAAAUGAAAAAGUUUACUGA